UCAAGCUCUAGAAUCACCUCAUUAUUAUUCCGUGUUUUGAGGAAAUGGAUCCACAGUGGCGCUCUGCACAACUGCAUUGCCCGUCGUCAGAAAAUAUGAGAAUAACAAGUGAUCGGAAUCAUCCCUUCGACUUAAGUUCAAGCAAGACAUCAAAUGCAAAGCAGAAAAAGACGUCGACAAACAUCAGCCAAUUAAGCGCCAAAGCUAAAAACACAGCGGAAGCUUCCAUGUAUGCAAAUGACCGCAGCUCUGUUUGGGAAGGUGACGAUACCUCGUCGGUUCUUGAAAGUUGGUGCAUAUCUUCAAUGGGGCAAAACAGUCGGUCGAUCAAUAGCAUGUAUUACCAGACAAACGCCACGGAUUCAACCAGUGAAAGUUAUUCCGAGAGUGAUGAAGGACCGACAAAACAUAGUGUCUCGCAAGGAGAGACUUCCAAAAUUCGUUUCACCGGUUUUGAGACCACAAGCGACCCAUUUUUUCACAGAGUGAGCCCAAUGCAUAAAGAUGAAGACAUUAAGGAGAGUGAAGCAACAAAUUUAUUGUACUCACAACGGUUAUCCAAACGACGUAAAAACCAAGCCAAAGCUACAAUACUGUAUUCGGUCAUAUUUUUCUGUAUCUACGCCUCAUUUACUUUCCUAAGCACGAGGCUGGAGAAACUUGCCCAAUCGAUAGGUGUAGCCGGAGACAUUAGCACUUCUAUCUAUAUCGCCGCCACUACACUCCCAGCAAUAUUUGGAGGUGUUCUGUCUGACGGCGUUUUUGGAAAUUACAAUUUAAUAUUGGCAUGUAAUUUUAUGCUAACUCUAGGCAAUUUGAUUUUUGACGUCAUUGCAUUCAUCCCUAAUGACACCAUUAAUGUGGCGACCCAAGGAGUGUUUUUCAACAUGGCGGUGGGCAUAUCCGCCAUGUCCGUUGGUCUACAGAGGAGUGUCGUCAUCAAUUUUGGAGUGGCGCAGGGGGGAGAUCGAGAGAGAAAGAGAAGGGCAAACAUAUAUUGGUUGCUCAUGAUUUACGCCUUAGCCCAGGCAUUGGUAAUGGCGACAUACACACUGGAGUACAGAUACGAUGUAUCUGAUUUGGACACAGUGCCUCUUCUACACGGACUAAAGAUGGGAGUCCCGGUCUUCCUUUCGGCGUGUGCUGUGACUCUUCUUUUGUGUGGAAGGCACCUGUUCAUAGACACAGCGAAAUCUGAUGGCUCACUUUCCAUGGUGAUUAGGAAUUUGUUCGCAAGGAAGCAUACUAUAGAGCGUUCUGAUGAUUUAAUAUGUUAUGGUACUAAGCGCAUGGAUACUCCUGAAACAGAAAAAAUAAUACACGGCGAAUUGAAAUGGUUCUUCAAUAUUUUCCUGAGAAUGCUGGUUUUUCUGGCAACGUUUGUGCUGUUUCCCCUAGUGACAAGGCAGGCAAGUUACAGAAAGUUAUUCGGCACAGCAAUUGUGCUUAAUCCCUCCCGCCAGGUGGCCUGCGACAGUGCCCUUUGA